AUGGCAGUUAUUUCAGUGCGUGGGCUUGAUGCCGUCGUGUCUAAGGAUGAAUCGUUGGGGGAGGAAGUUGUAGAGGGGAAUAUUGAUGCUUGUAAGGAAUCAGUGAGGUCUCAUGAGCAUGAUGACAAUGCCAGUUACGAUGAACCACCAAGCUUGACUCAUCCGAUGGAGUCACGUGUUGUGAGGAAAAUGGAUUUAUACUUGGUUCCCUUGAUGUGUAUGCUAUAUUUCUUGUCCAAUUUGGAUAAGUCUAACAUUGGUAACGCUGAAGUCGCUGGUCUCUCUGAGUCUUUGAAUUUAACAGGUAACCAGUACGGUAACUGUGUGACUGUGUUCUAUGCGACGUAUAUCUUCUUUGAUCCAAUUGGUGCUAACUUGUUGAAAAUUAUUGGGCCCAAGUAUAUGAUGACCGGAUGUUUGAUUUGCUUUGGUGCCAUUUCUUUGGGGACAGCUUGGGUAAAAGAUUAUGGACAUUUACUCUUGGUUAGAGUUCUAUUGGGAGCAUUUGAGGCCACCAUUUAUCCAUCAAUUAACAUGUAUUUGUCAAUCUGCUAUCGUCGUGAACAGUAUGCGAUUAGAUUCGCAUGGGUUUUCUUUGCUGCAUGUAUAUCUUCCUCGUUUGGUGGGUUGAUCUCGUACGGUUGUUCAAAGAUUAAUGGUUCUUUGAAUGCUUGGCAAUACAUUUAUAUUGUGGAAGGUUGUAUCUCACUUGGAUUUGCACCAUUCUAUGCCUUGGGUUUGGCCAAUAACUUGGAGGAGUCUUGGUUCUGGACCGCGGAAGAGAGACAGUAUAUCGUGGACCGUUAUGAAACGAUGUCCACUUUCAACCCGGCAGAUAAAUUUGAAUGGAGCCAAGUAUGGUUGGCUGUCAAAGAUUUAAAGACGUGGGUUUCCGCAGUGGCAUUGUUCUGUAUCGAUAUGACUGCGUUUGGGUUGACCGUUUUCAUGCCCAUUAUUAUCACCUCGAUGGGGUUCUCCAGUGUCAAUGCUCAGUUGAUGACUGUGCCCGUUUAUUUCUUAACAGCUAUCACGUUUUUCGCUUGUGCUUAUGUUUCGGAUAGAAUAAGAAUAAGAUCACCUUUCAUCGUCGGUGCUUGUAUCUCAUGUGCCACUGGACUUGCCAUCGUGUUAGGAAGUGAUGUUCAUGGUGUUAGAUUGUUUGGUAUCUUUGUGCUUGCCCUUGGGAUCUACGUUAACGCUUCUAUGAAUUGUUUAUGGUUAAGCGGUAACAACGGUAACUACUUCAAGAGAGCCACGGCGUUAGGAAUUAACUUGUUUGUUGGGUCCUCUUCUGGUCUUGUCUCUGGUCAAAUCUUCAGAGCUGAAGAUAAGCCAAGGUAUGCUUUGGGUCUAGCAAUUUGUCUCGGUCUACAAGUGUUCGCAGCGAUGCUAACGGUGGUUCAGUACUACAUGUACCGUCGUUUGAACAAGCAAAAGCAAGCUUUAAUCAAACGCUGUGAAGAACUUGAUGAACCAAUUCCUCAUGAUGAGCACUUAUCCGAUAUGAACCCUCAAUUCAAAUAUAUGUACUAA